AAAGUUUUUUGGUUCCUGUUUAAGUACGUUUUCAGCAUCAGUGGGACUGGAUGAGAGACCCUACUGUUGCAGUGCACUUGAGUGUGAAGCCAGAAACAGCUCUACAGCCUGGAAAGAGGAAUUCACGGUGAGGAGGGGCUCUACACGCAUUUGUGUACAGCUGGAGCUUCGGCCAUGGAGAAACCUGAGGAAUCCCACCCCGAGGAGGAAUCGUGGAAGUGUGGUGACUGCGGGAAAGGCUUCCGUGCUCCAUCUGCCCUGGAGAUUCAUCGGCGCAGUCACACCGGAGAGAGGCCAUUCAUCUGCCCCAAGUGUGGGAAGGCCUUCAGCAAUUCCUCUGCCCUUAUGAGGCACCGGUGGGUCCACACAGGGGAGAGGCCCUUCAGCUGCCCUGAUUGUGGGAAGGACUUCAGUUAUUCUUCUGACCUGCAGACCCAUCGACGGGUCCACACGGGGGAGAGGCCGUUCUCCUGCACUGUGUGUGGGAAGGCCUUCAGCACCUCCUCCACCCUCCUGACCCACUGGCGGGUCCACACUGGGGAGAGGCCAUUCACUUGUUCCGAGUGCAGGAAGGGAUUCACUCAGGAGGGCAAGUUGCGGAUGCACCAGCGGGUCCACACUGGGGAGAAGCCUUUCAGCUGCCCCGAGUGUGGGAAGGCCUUCAACGAUUCCUCUUCCCUUCAGACCCACAAGUGGGUCCACACGCAGGAGAGGCCGUUCCCCUGCACAGAGUGCGGCAAGCUCUUCAGCAAUUCCUCCACCCUGCUGAAGCACCAGCGGGUCCACACAGGGGAGAGGCCCUUCAGCUGCCCCGAGUGUGGGAAGGGCUUUACCCAGAUGUCCGUCCUGCUGAUCCACCAGCGGAUCCACAUCGGUGAGAAGCCUUUCUGCUGCCCUGAGUGUGGGAAGGGAUUCACUCAGAAGGGCAACUUGCGCACGCACCAGCGGGUCCACACCGGGGAGAGGCCCUUCAGCUGCCCCAAGUGCGGAAAUGCCUUCAGCGAUUCCUCCACCCUACUGAAGCACCAACGGGUCCACACAGGGAAGAAGCCAUUCCCCUGCCCCGAGUGUGGGAAGGCCUUUAGCAAUUCCUCCGACCUGCUGAAGCACCAGCGUGUCCACACGGGGGAGAAGCCCUUCAGCUGUCCCGAAUGUGGGAAGGCCUUCAGCGAUUCCUCCGCCCUGGUGAAGCACCAGCGGGUCCACACGGGGGAGAGCCCCUUUAAGUGCUCCAUGUGCGGGAGGGAGUUCACUCGGUCAUCUACACUGCUGGCCCACCAGCGGGUCCACACCGGAGAGAGGCCAUUCACUUGCUCACCGUGCAGGAAGGGCUUCACCCGCUCCUCCCACCUGCAGAGACACCAACGUGUUCACAGCGGGGAGAAGCCGUUCAUCUGCUCAGUGUGUGGGAAGGGAUUCACAAAUUCUUCCAACCUGCGGGCGCACCAGUGGGUCCACACGGGAGAGAAGCCCUUCACCUGCUUGGUGUGCAGGAAGGGGUUCACGCAUUCAUCUGCACUGCUGACCCACCAGCGGGUCCACACUGGGGAGAGGCCGUUCGGUUGCUCAGAGUGCGGGAAGGCUUUCCGUCGUGUGAGCAACUUGAGGAAGCACGAGCGGGUCCACACGGGGGAGAGGCCGUUCACCUGCCCCGAGUGUGGGAAGGGAUUCAUUGAUUCUUCCAGCUUGCUGAACCACCAGCAGAUCCACACAGGGGAAAGGCCAUUCACCUGCUCUGUGUGCGGGAAAGGAUUCAAUCAUAUGAGCAAUUUGCGGCAGCAUAAGCGGGUCCACACUGGGGAGAGGCCAUUCACCUGCCCCGAGUGUGGGAAGGGAUUUACCAACUCUUCCCACCUGCUGACCCACCAGCGGAUCCACACUGGGGAGAGGCCAUUCACCUGCUCCAAGUGCAGGAAGGGCUUCACCUGCUCCUCCGACCUCCAGAGACAUCAACGAGUUCACGUGCCAUCACAGGGAAAUUGAAGGAGUGACAGAUAAGUACCAUUUUUGACUAGACUAUCAACCCCGUUCUGGGGUCUCCCAGGUUUGAAUCCCACCGUGGUAGAUGGCGCAAUUGAAAUCUGGAGUUCAGAAUCAAAUGAUGAAACCAUUUUCAGGGGAAGAAAAACCCCACCUUAUUCACUCAUCUCCUUUUUUAGAGAAUGAAGCUACCUUUGCAGGAAAGGAAUCACUCGGUUAUUCCAGCUGCGUCCUUUACCUGGUCUGGCCUACCCCUGACUCCAGAGCCACAGCAGUGUGGUUGACUCUUGAUUGCAUCCCCCUCCUGUAUAUGAGCUGGAGAAACUAACUUGUACACAGGGUGUAGGCUGAAACUGCUGAGUGAGGCAAUACUUCCUCCAGGUGAAGGCUGUACCAGGGAUCCAGUUCCAAAGGGAUAAUUUGGUGCUGACCAAUAGUAAAGUAAGUGGGGGAUGGGGAGUGUGUGCACUUUGACCUUGAGCUUUUUAUUUAAAAAAACGCUACUUUUCGUGCACUUUUUUUUUCUGGGAAAAAUUGAAACUGUAA